AUGGGAAACUGUCUACCAUCAACGUUUUCGUUUUCAUACCAAGAGCAUCCUACCUUUGCAAGAAAUAUUCCUUUCUCAUCAUAUGACUUCGUAUCCUUGCAUGGCCUUAACCGACUACCUCCCGAGGAUAUCAGCUUCUUAGGGCUGAAAGGGUGCCUUCAAGUUCCGAAUCGAUCAAAUCUAGAUGUGCUUCUUAGGAAAUAUUUCUUACAUGUUCAUCCUUGUCUUCCGGUGUUGGAUGAAGCAGAAAUCUGGCGAAUGUAUGACGGCAACUGUUCUCAAAACAGGUCUCCCCAGAAGCUGUCGCUCUUGGUUCUACAAGCUAUACUCUUUGCUAGCAGUGCUUUUGUUCCUUUGAAAACACUCACAGACAUGGGAUUCUCUGAUGCAAGGAGUGCUCGAACCGCCUUGUAUCAUAGAACAAAGCUCUUGUUUGACCUAGACGCAGAGACAAAUAUUUUAUCACGUGGCCAAGGAGCCAUUCUGUUAACAUUCCAGACUACAGCUUCAGACCUCUUUUCUGGAACGCACUGGCUGUCAGCAGCAAUCCAAUUGGCUAAAUCAGCAGAGGCUGACAUCUCUGAUCAUGAAAUGGGAGAUAAAACCCCAGAGACUCUAGCCAAGAAAAGACUGUGGUGGUGUAUCAUCCUUCGUGAUAGGAUACAUUCUCUAGCCCUCAGACGCCCAAUUCAGCUCCGGCCAGACCAAGCACAUAUUGGUUGUGACUAUCUGCACGAAAAAGACAUGGAGGAUGAGAUUAAACAUUCAAAAGUCUACAGUGCGGAUGAGAAACGACAAUUGGUUCAUAUUUUCCGCCUCCAGUGCCAAUUGGCUGUCAGCAUUACGGACCUGAUCACAAUUGUGUAUUCUCCCCUUUGGAGCACUCUCCCGGAAUUUAUUUCAGCAAAAAAUGCUAUCAGCACCCAAAAUGAAAUUGACGAAAUGAAAUAUUCCCUCCAAAAAUGGGCUGAAAUAGCCGCGAAGACCCUGGGAACAUCCUCCACUUCUGCCAGUGUUAUCAUGUUUACUAAGUUAACAUACAUGUACUAUGACUCUGCCCGACUUGCAGUUUAUCAUUAUGAAGCGCUAAUAUGGGAGACACGAUACGAGUACCAUUACCCAAGUAGCAUACAACCCAUCAAGGCCGAAAUCGAAGAAGUGAUGUUGAGUAUGAAUGAGAAUAUUGAAGAGUUAAUCACUCAAGGGCUGGCAUGCUAUCUUCCGAUCAGCGCUAUUGCGCAUGCCGCCCUUCCACUCGUGCUUAGCGUCCUCGACUCAGAGCUAUCCUCAACUAGACUACAACUAGUAGCACGGCAACGCCGGCUGCAUUUUUAUAAACAAAUAAUGCUGGUCCUUCAAUCGCGCUACGAAGCUGCUGAUAAGGUUUGUUCGUUCGUCGACGAUGUUAUCACCUAUUCUAAAUUAAAGCUCGAUUUGAACUCUACUGGGAUGAUCACUGGCUCCGGUGUCGAUAAUGAGUCUUUACAAAACUUGAAUAGGAGUAACGAUAUCGCGUCUAGGUCACGCGAACGAUAUCAAGUACCAGGACGACGAAUGAAGACCAUUUGCGAGUUUUUCUUUCGCCAGACUCGCUCAUAUCUCCGCCUAGCUUUACUUCUAGAUCAUGCUCUCUCUAGAGGCAAAUACCCUCGGCAAGAUGAUAUCGAACGCCUCUGGAAGAGACUACGACUCUCUGACACAGACAAGUCAUCUAGCAGCUUGUGCAACGAUCAAACAGAAGCUGCGACAGCGCAAGCUCCCCAACCAAUGAACUCGGUAGUAGAGAAUGAGAGGGUCCCUCAGAAUCCUAGUUGGUCGAGCCUCCGGCCCUCAGACAUUGAAUUUUCGGAGACUGGUUGCAUCUGCCCUGCUAAUAUCAUGAUAAAUGACGACCUUCAAUCACAAACAUCACUGGACAAUUGUACGUCGGAUAUUCCAUCUAUUGUCUCGAACAUUUGGGAAGAUGUACAUAUUUGA